AUGGCUGCUCAAAUAGACUCGAUACGCUCGCUUUUAUUCGCCAAUCCAGUAGCCGCUGCGAUUGGCGAGGCCCUCAACUCCUUUUCCGAGCGCAGAGCGAAGCUAGGCCUGCCCAACCCUGGCACGACGGAGAAUCUGUCCAAGGAGGUCCAGCGCGAUGUUCUUCUCAACAACUACAUGUUCACCGGCAUCCGCGCCGAUUUGACAAAGAUCUUCAGCAUGGCACCCCUCUUUCAAGUGUCCCAUCAAUUUGCCCUGGGUGAGCGUAUCAACCCCUACACGUUCGCCGCCAUGUACGGCACUGGCAAGGUCUUCUGCCAAGGAAACAUUGAUAAUGAGGGAUCCCUCUCUGGACGAUUCAACUUUCGAUGGACCGACAAGCUCGUGUCCAAGUCGCAGCUUUCCAUCUCCCCCGGCGGCCAGGAUAUGGCGCAAUUCGAGCACGAGUACAACGGCGACGACUUCAGCGCGUCUCUCAAGAUGCUGAACCCUUCUUUCCUGGAAGGGGGGAUGACCGGUAUCUACAUUGGAAGCUACUUGCAAUCCGUCACGCCCAAGCUCGCCCUCGGCAUGGAGACUCUCUGGCAGCGACCUGCUUUGACCCAAGGCCCUGAAUGUGCUGUUUCCUACUGCGCCCGCUACAAGGCUGACGACUGGAUGGCCGCGGCUCAGCUGCAGACCGCCAUGGGCACCCUGAACACGUCGUACUGGCGAAGGCUUUCCGACAAGGUUCAGGCUGGCGUUGACCUGAGUCUCGGCCUCGUUCCCUCCGCCGGCGGCCUGAUGGGUGGCGGUCUGCAGAAGGAGGGUGUCACUACCGUCGGUGCCAAGUACGAUUUUCGCAUGUCCACCUUCCGCGCCCAGGUCGAUUCCAAGGGCAAGCUGAGCUGCUUGUUGGAGAAGCGCGUCGCGCCCCCCGUCAUGAUGACAUUUGCCGCCGACAUCGACCACUACACGCAACAAGCCAAGCUUGGCCUGGGCGUCUCCAUCGAGACCUCGCCCGAUGAGCUUCAAGAUCAGCAGGAGGCACUGGGCGCUCAGACUCCUCCCAACAUCCCCUUCUAA